AUGUCAACCACACCGCCUAUAUUAUACGUCGAGUAUGGCGACACAAUUGCUGACAUAGCAAUGAGAGAGAAAACCUCGACCAGUUUGACCACUACUACUGCUAUAUUGUUAACAGUUCUAUUGUUGGUCACUUUUUUCUCAAAUUUGUUCUUGGUCGCUACGAUUUCGGCUAGGUAAGGAAGGGGUAAAGAAAGAGGGUGGGAGUCAACUAAAUGUGGGAUAUGGUAAAGAAAAUUGAGAUAAACAAGGUACGGUAGGGAUAUGGAAAAGAGCCUAUAAAAUCAGGUAAGGUUAGACCUGAAAGGGGGCCGACACGUAGAAAAUUUGAAUCCACCCCUUUACAAGUCUAGGUAAGACAGGGUAACGUGAGCCAGGUGAGUUGACAAAAAAUGCCACGGUAUGGUAAGGUAAAGUGAACGAAUUGGAAUAAGAUUAAGUAGAAUAGCAAGAGCAAAACAAAAAAAUCGUUAUGAUUAAUAUUUUUUUAGCUACAAGCUUCGAACCAACCUUCUCUACCUAAUCUUUGUUCAACUUGGCAUAUUGAACUUGAUAGAGUCAAUAUUUGUAAUGUUUGUAUCGCUACUCUACGUAGCCAACAACAAUUGGGUUUUUGGUGAACUUGUUUGCAAGCUCAAUGCUACGGCUCAGGAAGUAAGUUCUAAUGUCAAGGCCUUUUUUAAAAUUUCAUUAAUUUCAAAACAUUUUUUAUUUUGGUUUUUCUUAUUAUACAUACAUAUAUCUUUGUUAUAUCAUUUCAGUUCGUAUUUCUUCAAUCCUUCUUUGUCAUCAUGUUAAUGGCAGUUGAAAGAGCAUUAGGCCUUACAACUAGUGGUCGAUUACUACUGACCAGAAGGUAUGCCUUCUGCCUCUCCCUAUUAUUUACCGCAAUAUCUUUGUGUUUCGCAGCUCCAGCACUAUUCGACGAAUUCAAAGUGGUGCCAUUUCCAUACCGGUACAUUUGCGCUAUUGGUACUAAUACUCCAAUGCCAUACGCUAUCGUACAAAUGAUUAUAUACUGUGGAUGCGUUUUCGUUAUUACUAUAUGUUUUUGUGCUAUCAUACGGUAUAGAAGGUUCAUUGCUGGUACUAGAACUUUACCGGCUAAGCCACAGGUAAGUAAUAUAGCUAAGCAUAUUGGGAUGGAGCAUAUUAUGAUUCAGCUUACUAAGCCUAAGUGUAAAAAGCCUGCCAAGCGUAAGAAUAAGCAUGCCAAGUCAGAAGCUACCUAUUCCUAAUGCCUGAAAAGUUGUAAGAAGCCUGAGUCCGCUAAAGUUAAGCCUAAAUCAACUAAGACUAGUCUAAUGGGCCUGAGCUUACUAAGACCAAGCCUACUAAGCCUCAGCCCUUAGCGGUGAUGCUUCGUUUUCAAAAAGUAUUACAACAAUGAAAGGUUGAGUAACAUUUCCGAAGUCUUGCUUAAUGUUGGGUCCACACUAAAUAGCCUUAGAGAAAUUGCAAGAAAUCGUAUUACGCAACUUUUUCUUAUGUAACAUUUACGAUUUAUAUAACAUUUGCCUCGACGUAAAACGAUCCAACAAAUGACUGCAAGUGCUGGGAUAUUGCUCUAUUUUACUGCGAGUAAUCGUUUCUUUGUCAGCCGUAAUUUACAGUGUUUAUUAACUCAAACUGGGCUCUUACUAACAUAAGCACGGCAAGCCUAGGCCUACUGAGCCUAACCCUAGUAAUCUUAAGCCAACUAAUUCUAAUUCUAAGCCUUAAGCAUAAUAAUACAAAGAACAAUCCUUCCAACUGACAAACAUAAAAUUCUUUUAGGACUACGGAGCCUUCAUAAUGGAAUCCAGAGCUCUAGAAGACUAUAUGACAAUGACACGAUUAAUCAUCUUCAUCUUCGUAGCCUACAUACUACUAAACGGUCCAUACCUCGUACUAAACUUUUACUAUCAAAUCAGAAACAGUGCUGAGCUGUUGGCAAACGCCGAUGAACUACAAGUAUCUCAAGAUGUAGACACAAUGAUAACAUUUCUAAUGAUGUUCUACCCAUUUACCGUCACUAUUUUGAUCUAUUGUUUCUGUCGCGACAUAUGGGUAAAGCUGGUCAAUUUGGUUUUUUGCAGAAGAUCAACCAGUGCUUCUUAUGGAAAUUGGGCUAGAGAUGACAGAGACAAGGAUAUGUGUAAGUGGAUUGAAAAUUAAAUUUUCAGGUUAAAAAUAAAACUUUAAGCUUAAAAAUGAAAUUUUAGGCUUAAUAACAAGCCUCAAAGUUUAAAAAUUAUCUUUUGGCUUAACAAUAAUAUUAUACAAUAGGCUCAAAAACCAACGCUUGUGAUUAAAAACCAAAAUUUAUACCUUCUUUUUUCAGUAGAAGACUCCCACACAUCUGACCGUGUCCUAACCCUCGUAGCCACAACCGAAGGCCUUCAAAUCCGCGGCCCAAACGGUCAAUAUCGACCACCGCCAAUUCAACCCUACUACCACGAACCAAGCAUUCAAGACCCAAAAGAUGUACCAUCAAUAGUACCAGCAAUGAUGCCUUCAGCUUACCAACCCGAUUACUGUUUGCCAAACCAAAUAUCAGACGACAAUAAUUCGGUGAAGACACACAAUCUGUCAAAUCCACGGAUUUUGAAAAAGAAAACAAUUCAGAUCAGUAAUACAAAGACGAUAAUACCAGAUGAAUACAAGAUAAGAUUGGACACAACCAGUGGAUCUGACGUGAGUAAUAAGGCUAGCAAGAUUCCACUGUCGAACAGGCAAAAGUUACAGAGGAAGAAGAGAAAACAGAGAAUUGGAAUGAAUGGAGGAAAGAAAAUACCUGUUAGCACGACCAAAACCAAACCAUUUAAAUAG